AUGACACUCUUUACAUUUUUAAGGAAAUACUUUCACCGCUUAAAGACCGAAGAGGAUGGUACCGAUGAGCUGAUAGAGCGCGUGUCAAAACGUCAAUUGAAGCGAUCCUCCAGCUUGGACUUAAGUCGUAGCAGUGCCAAGGAGCUGCUGGCGGAUAAACAGGAUCAGCAACAAUUGCCGCUCUUCCGUUGGCACAAUCCGGACUGCAGCGAUAACAGCCGAAAGAUGGGAGUCCUGGAGGAUAUAAGUCUGUCUGCUAGCGUUGAUAUUCAAGUGGGCUACAGCGAAAUGCCCAACACAUCAAGUGAGACAGCUUCUCAGCAACAAUCACAGCAACAUCAUCAAGUGAUUGUGGAGGUGGUGUCUGCUGAAUUGCAGCCACAGCAGCAGCCAUCGCCUCGUCCAUGCGCCGAGGUCGUUGAGCAAUCACAGCAAGUAGUAGAAGUACAGCACUUGGAGGUACAACGUCAGCAAGACCAACAACGGCUACAGCAGCAACACCAACAGCAGCAGCAUCCUCAACAACAAUAUCAGCCACAUAUUGCUGCUGCAGCAAAUCGACUGCCAGCAGCAACAACAGCCAAUUCACGCGAUAUGGAGCCACUUCGUCAGCAACUUAUGCAUCGCAUCAUCUUGCCACAACUACAAACUGAAGACUUGCCGGAAUCUAGCAUCGUUAACAACAAUGCUGUUAGUCUAAUGAAUCAAAAUCUGCAGCCACAUUUUAUAGAUAGUUCGAUGGGUGACAGUGAAUGGACGCAGUUGCAGUACGAUAAAUAUGCACUUGUUCUGAGUUCUCAACAUCAGCAACAACAACAGCAGCAGCAACAUCAACAACAGCAGCAGCAAAAUCAACAACAGCAACAGCGACAGCAACAAUUAGUUCCUUUGUGGCAGCAACAGCAGCCAUCGUAUCAAAUGUCCCAUCAAGAGCAUCAACAUUUGGAGGCGGGACAAGAAGAGUUGCAGCAAUUGAAUGCACAAUAUCAGCGCUUAAAGUGCCAGGAGGAGGAGAAAUUAAAGUGUUUAAAUAAUACACUCAAAGAAGUCUAUGCGGAUCGAUUGCUAAGCGAGCGGCAACACGCUGAUUAUCAUCGUUUCUUUAUGCACAAAAUGGUGGAGAGUAAAAAACAUGAGGAUAGUUUGCAUGCUCAAAGGGAUCAACUGAAGAGACAGCUAAAAGAGGACUUAGACAGCUUAGAACAGCGCAUUGCUGAGAAGCAUCGACAGUUGCAAGAGCGCUCCAGAUCGUGGCAAUGGCAGCAGCAUCCUCAACAACAAUAUCAUCACCAUCAUCAACAUCCUCACCAACAGCAGCAUCAACAACAACGACAACUGCAGUAUCAGCAGCAGCAACAGCUUCAGCUCACUUAUAGUCAGCAGCAACACCAACAUCAGCAGCAGCAGCAACAUCAAUAUUAUUUGCGUCAGCUGCAACCUCCUCCGUAUCAACCACGUUUGCAGUGCUUUCAGGAUGCCUUCUCGCAAUACGCCGAGUCGCAGCUGGUAGAUUCCAAUAACACACUGAUGCCACCGCCACCGCUACCGCCCCCACCAGUGACGACAACAACACUAGCAUCACUGCGACCAACGCCAAUGCAACCACCACCACCACCAGUUGCAUAUCGCACUGACAUCAGGCAACAACCUCCUCGCAGUGGGCGCAUGAUGAGACGUCGCCACACCAUCGAUCAUAGAGCCAAUAAUAUGAUGUUAUAUCCACCAUAUGCAACACCAGCUGCUCCACCAAGAGACGCGCUUCGCCUGAAAAAUGUUACUGCAGCAACUGCAGCACACUUUUCCCGUCCUGACACAUCUGCAACAGUUGCCAACGAGAGAAACCAUGUGAAUCAGGCAAUUGAACAAACUGCAAUUACGUCCAUCAUCAGCAAUUAUGUCACAAACUAUUUAAAUGACAUGGAAUCAAGAAAUCCAUAA